GGAGAUUGCGUCUGCAACAGGAAGGUGAGCGCGUGACGGCGAACCUUCUCACAUCUUUCACUCUUUUCUCCCUCUUUCGUCGCACACUCUUUUUUAGCUGUCCUCUUGUUUUUCCAAUUUUGCCCUCAGCUCUUUUGACAUUUCUCAAUUCUGUCCUCUCCCUUCUUCCACAACGACUCCAUGACCUACUCCUUCAAGUCAUAGAGCUCAAACUCUGUUGCUCUUGUUUCGUUUUUCUUCUCAAAUUUCCCAAACCUUUUUAGGGUUUUGGUCAAAAGAGGUUGACCUUUAAUGGAGCCUCGAGUUGGGAACAAGUUCCGUAUCGGUCGGAAAAUUGGUAGCGGAUCCUUUGGAGAGAUCUAUCUCGGUACUAAUAUUCAAACAAAUGAAGAGGUUGCGAUUAAGCUUGAAAAUAUCAAAACCAAGCACCCUCAGUUGCUGUAUGAAUCAAAGCUGUAUAAAAUACUGCAAGGAGGAACUGGGAUCCCAAAUGUGAAAUGGUAUGGCGUAGAAGGAGAAUACAAUGUGCUUGUGAUGGAUUUACUGGGCCCUAGUCUUGAGGAUUUAUUCAAUUUCUGUAGUCGGAAAUUGUCUCUCAAAACUGUUCUCAUGCUUGCUGAUCAGAUGAUAAAUCGAGUUGAAUUUGUUCAUUCAAAAUCAUUUUUGCAUCGGGAUAUCAAGCCAGACAAUUUCCUCAUGGGUUUAGGGAGGCGUGCGAAUCAAGUGUAUAUCAUUGACUUUGGUCUCGCUAAGAAAUACAGGGACACUUCUACACAUCAGCAUAUUCCUUACAGAGAGAAUAAGAAUUUGACAGGAACGGCUAGGUAUGCUAGCAUGAAUACUCAUCUUGGAAUCGAGCAAAGCCGCAGGGAUGAUUUAGAGUCACUUGGAUAUGUUCUUAUGUAUUUUUUAAGGGGAAGUUUGCCUUGGCAGGGACUAAAAGCAGGAAAUAAGAAACAGAAAUAUGAAAAAAUCAGUGAGAAGAAAGUUUCUACUUCAAUUGAGUCUCUCUGUCGUGGCUAUCCCUCAGAAUUUGCGUCAUACUUCCAUUACUGCCGGUCACUUAGGUUUGAUGAUAAACCAGAUUACGCUUAUUUGAAGAGACUUUUUCGUGACCUUUUCAUUCGUGAAGGAUUCCAGUUUGAUUAUGUGUUCGAUUGGACCAUAUUGAAAUAUCAACAGUCUCAAGUUGCCACUCCUCCUGCCCGUGCUGUGGCUCCUGCUGCUGGACCAAGUUCUGGCAUGCCAUCAGCUGUUUUGAAUGCUGACGGCCAGUCAGGUGGAGAAGAUGGUAGGCGAAUUGGUUGGUCUUCAUCAGAUCCUACCCGUAGAAGACACUCUGGACCCAUUGCUAAUGAUGGAAUCUUAUCUAGACAAAAAGCCCAACUUAUAAAUGACUCGACUGGAUCUAAAGAUGCUAUGUUGCCAAGUUCUAAUUUCUUCCUCUCAAGUGGAUCUAACAGGCGAGGUGCUGUAUCCAGCAGCCGUGAUGCGCUCGUUGGUGGUGAGACAGAGCCCUCUCGUCCCCUCACCAUGGAAUCUACUCAAGGUGCACUUCGAAAAAUGUCCGGCCCUCAAAGAAGUUCACCCAUCACAUCAUCUGAGCUCAACCGACCAACCUCUGGCAGAAACCCAGCAAAUGGAAAGAAUUUGGAGUCCACUGUUAAAGGCAUAGAAAGCCUGCAUUUCAAUGAUGAGAGGGCACAGUAUUAGGAGUUGCCUCUCUUCGAUUACCCUUUGUAAAUUCUGAAAAACUUCUAUACUCUUUCGCACAAACUACGGAAGUGAGUGUUAUCUUUGCAUUGUGUUGAAGAAAAGCAGCAAACAAAUUGGAAAUAAUCCGGUAAGUAUAAAAUAAAUAUAUCUUUAGGUAGUUUCCUUGACAAAAACUAGCCUCGUAAAAGGGCUUCUGUUCAUACAAUUUGUGAUGUACCAAAAAAAUGUCUACUUUACUCUUAAUAUCGAUAUCUCUAUCUAAAUCUUUCAUAAUAUUUUGUGAUUUUGUCA